AUGUCAUAUAUUAGUUUUAAGGUGAUAACAGAGACGAGAUAUUCACAAAUAGUUCGUAUAUGCGGUAAUCAUCCACUUCUUGGUUAAUGGAAUCCCCAUGACUCAUAUCAAUUACUCACUUCAAGUGAAACCUAUCCUGAAUGGGGCCACGAAAGCAAAAUUCAAAUUGAUCCAAGUAAAUAAUCGUUUUCAGCUUUUAGGUUUUCGAUUGGAAUUCAAGUGCCUAAUUCAAGAUGGAGAUGAUUACAUUUGGGAGAGCAUCCCAAAUCGAAUCCAUAAGUGCGAUUUUAGGCGCAAUUUCCUCUAUAUAACAUUCAAUAAACCCUCAAUGAAUAUUAGAACAUUUUAAAAAUAUGAAAUCUCGAAUGAAUUUGUUUAAGAAGAGCUAAGUAUAUAUUUGUAUAAAAUGCAUUUUAGUGAAAGUUUAAAGACUUAAUCGAUCAAGAGAUUAUGAUCCCUUUGAUAAUGCUUUAGAUUCAGUAUGAUAAUCUUUAAAUAUAAAGUCUGAUAACGAAAGCAUUGCAGAAUUAGCGAUAGAAGAAAGAGGACCUGCCACUGUCUCAAUUCGUUAAUUGGAAGCGGAUUGGAGAGAAAUAAUUAAGGUAUAAUAAUAACUUAAUCCAUUUUAGAGUCAUUUUGAAUGUAAACAAAAAUUAAAGUCAAUAUCUAAAUUUAAAAAAAUUUCAGAAUAAUAUGGAUCUUCCGACUUGAUUUUUGAUUAUAAAAGAAAGCGCUCUUCUUCUACUCAAAUUUUUACAGACUCUUAUGUGAUUUGUUUGUCAUUGAAGAUACCUUUAAAAAUAACUUUAAUUGAUUAAUUCUGUAAAGUGACCAAUAAAAAAGGUAUGUUUACCAUAAUUACAUCUAGAUUUAACAAACAAAUAUAAGUUUGAAUCUACCUCAGAUCCAUAUUAUAUCAAUAUGUACAAUCUCUUUAGUAUCCGAUUAAGUUUGAAGGCAAUCUGGAUUGGAUGGAUAGGAAUUCAAAUUGCAGAUGAAAAUGAAUAUGCUUUAAUCUAGCAAUAUAUUUAUGAAUAGUACAAAUGCUUUGGAAUCUAGUUGGAUGAGGAUAUUCUAGGCUGCUUUCCUUAGUUGAUAAGUCCAGUCUUCAAUAAUUUAACUCCACAUUUGCGAUUGCAUUCAGAGGAUGAUUACAUGGAAAUCAAUAAGAUCUUUGCAAAAUAUGUUUAAGAAGCAUUACAAUGCUCACUAUUUCCAAACUAAUUUAGCCAUUUGCACUCGAUAUUCAUUUUUGACUAUCAUCUCUUUUUGAUUCCAAUCUAUAUAAAGGAAGGAUUGAUUCGAAAAAAUGAGAAUAGACCAAGAAUAUGUACCAUUAUGAGAAGAUCAUUCCCAAAUCCUAAAUAGUUUCGAAUUCUUUCAUGCAGUGAAACCAUAUUAUCAUCUAUAUUAAUGAGUGAUCUGAUCUCAUUGAUAUAAUUAAAAGAUUUGUAUUAAUUUAUGCAUUGUCUACCUUAAAAAUAUCAAAAACUAACCCAAGUCUCUGGUGUGAGUGCAUUUACAAUUGAAGUCUUAGGCAGAAAAAUCAUACUGGAUUAUGGGAGUGUUGGCUUGAACAUAAAACAAAUAUCAAACCUAAUUACAGUAGACGAUAUUAAUUAAGAUUAAUAAUUUACUCUACUUGGAGUUGAUAGUUUAUCGCUCUUAAGUGGUCUAAUAUAAAAAUUCAAAAUAAUUGAGUAGAUGCAUCUACUAAAGUAACAUAAGAUCUAAUUAAUUUAAAUCUUAUACACUAAUAAUGACGAAGAUUAUUAGAGUAAUGGUUAGAUAGCUAGAUUCUUAGAAGAAGUAAUGGCAAUGGCAAAAAAAAUUAAUCAAAAUUGUUAAUAGGAAUUAAUUACUAUUAGACUUGAUCUAUCAUAAAGUGAAUUAGUCAGUCUCUACGGAAAGGCUGACGUUUUCAUAAAGACAUCGCUGAGGGAAAGCAUUUGUUCAAACUAUUUAGAAUACAUCUAUGUUAGAUAGUUUAAAAAGAGAGCUGCAAAAUUAGUCUUAAGUUAAUGGUGUUCAUUGAAAGUUGAUCAUAGAAAAAUCAAUCCUAACAAUGCUUCUGAAUCAGCUCAAACAAUCUUUCAUUAUUUGAUUGAUCAAAAACAAACAUUUAUUAAUGUUCCAAGUAGUGAUGAUUGGUUACAUCGAUUAAAUGACCAUUUAAGUUAUUGUGAAGAUUUUUGGUUCGAUAAAUAAUUGUAUGAUUCAGCAAAAGAAUUAACUAUUGGUUUAAAAGAUAAGCAUUUUUGCUCAAUUGAGACAACCAACAUUGUUUCUAAAUUUGCUAAUACAAACUAUCUGGAUAAUCAGAGAAUUAUUAUUCUUGCAUACACUUAAAAAUUUUUAUAGAAGAUCCAAAAACUAGAUUAAUUAGUUUAAGCCUUUGAAAAAUUAGCAUAGGAUGAGAACAAUACUCUCAUUAUUGUUUCUGAUUAGGAAUGUGAACUCAUGGAAUUGAACUUUGGUUCCAUCAAUAAUUUGUAUAUGAUUGCAUAGGAUGGACUCUUUAUAAAAUAAAAUAAUCAAACCAGCUUCUAAUAAAUUGUAGAUAGAGAUGACUAAAUAUAAGCUAAAUUAAAGUAGUUGUCCCUUUUGGAACAUUUGAAUUUAGCAGAAAAGAACUAAAUUUAUACUUUAUCUUUUAAAGAGCAAAUUAAAGAUACAAAUGCUGCUGCUAAUGUUUUCCUCUCUAAUUUAAUUAAAGAACUUAGAUUAGAGUUUGAUGAUUAUUUGGUGUUUUAAGAGAAUUAUACAAUUAAGAUCAAGCAUCAAUAUUAACAAAUAGAAGAAUUACUCAAAAUGAUUAUAAUAAAUGAAACGAAUCAGAAAGGCUUGGUUUCCUUUGCCAAUAUCAUUUCAUUUGAUAGAGGAUGGUUAGAAAAGAUUAUGCAAAUAUUUUAAUAUGCAAAUAUGCCUUUAAACAAAGUAUUAUUCCAUUUAAACUUAGAAAUUUCAUUGUGUCUCAGUUUCAGAUCAAAUCGAAAAGAAUAGCAACUUAGUUAUAGAAUCUACUUAAGAUAUAAUUAAAUUGCUAAACAGAUAUGCUAUGGAAAGUUAAGAUCAAAAAAUGA